AUCACGAGCAACUUUCCCAUAAAUAAAGGUGAACUCUUCUUAAGAAAAGCUUCAUUCUUUGAUUUUCCAAAAUUUCUAGUUUUCAUGUUUUGAUUAAAAUUUGAUUUAUAUGAUUUAAGAAUUCGUCGAGAUUCUCUUAGUUAUUUCUUUUUAUACAUUAAAAAAAAAAGAGAAAAUGAAAAAUCCCUUAUCUACUUAGCAGUAUUGCACCAUGAACACAAAUUUUUAAUUAAAUAUCAUGUCGUCUUUUGCAUUCAAAUCAAAUCAUCAUCUUUCAUUAUCGAGCUCUAAAGUUGUGAACUGUGGGAGAGGGCCCCAAAAGAAUGACUCUUCUUUCUCACAGAAUUUUGAAAUAUCUCUACUUAAAGGCGGUGUAUAUCCAUAAAAAAUUUCAGAACCGUGUGUUACGUUUGCGAUUAUAGAAUCAAGGAUACAGAGGCAGACCCUCGUCCUGUUUAUGUGAGAGCGAGAAAGAGGCAGAGAGAGUUUCGGUUUCGGGGAAACGAUGUUCGGGUGCAAGUGCUUCUAUUGGAAGAAACUCUCCGAUUUAUUCCCACCAGAGCCUGAACCCUUCUCUCUGCCUGAUCCCAUUCCUCAGUGGCCUCCAGGUGAAGGUUUUGCUUCUGGAAAAGUAAGUCUUGGAGAAAUAGAGGUUUUUAAAAUCAACAGAUUUGAGUUCAUCUGGACCUGCUCUCUGCCAGAGGACAAGAAAAAAUGUGUUACAUUUUAUAAACCAGCGGGAAUACCUGAUGGAUUCCAUAGCAUUGGCCACUAUUGCCAAUCUAAUGAUAAGCCUUUACACGGUUUUGUUCUUGUGGUUAGAGAGGCCGAUAUGCCAGAAACAGCCGAUGUUUUGGAGCGUGUCAAGUCCCCGGCUCUCAGCAAACCACUUGAUUACACAUUAGUAUGGAGUCCUGACGAUGGAAAUGAGGAAAUUUAUGGUGCAUGUGGCUACUUUUGGCUACCUCAGCCACCUGAAGGUUACAAAGCAAUGGGAUUUUUAGUGACUAACAAGCCUGACAAACCUGGGCUGGAUGAAGUGAGGUGUGUUCGAGCUGAUUUAACUGACAGAUGUGAAACUUACACACUCAUUCUUAAUGCCAUUACAACAUCGCUCAACCUUCCUUUUCAAGUUUGGACUACGAGACCACAUCAUCGGGGAAUGAUGGGGAAGGGGGUUUCUGUAGGUACAUUUUUCUGCAGUAACGACUUGGGCAUUGUAAAGGAUCUACACAUUAGAUGCUUGAAGAAUCUGAAUCCUAAGCUAUCUGGAAUGCCAAAUCUUGAUCAAAUUCAUUCACUUAUCAAUCAUUAUGGACCCACCGUUUUCUUUCAUCCAGAAGAGGUCUACUUGCCAUCUUCUGUUUCAUGGUUUUUCAAAAGUGGAGCAUUAUUGUACAAAUCUGGCACAUCUGUUGGUGAGGCUAUUGAUGGUAGCGGCUCAAACUUGCCAAGUGGGGGGGCAAAUGAUGGCCAGUUUUGGAUUGACUUGCCGAAUGAUGAUCGAAGAGAAAUUAUAACACAUGGAAACUUGGAAAGUGCAAAACUAUAUGUUCAUGUGAAACCAGCUCUUGGUGGGAUUUUUUCUGACAUUGCAAUGUGGGUGUUUUGCCCCUUCAAUGGACCAGCCACUAUCAAAGUUGGGCCUCUCGACAUCCCUCUUAGCAAGAUCGGACAGCAUGUGGGUGACUGGGAGCAUUUCACACUCCGCAUCUGCAACUUUUCAGGAGAGCUUUGGAGUAUAUACUUCUCACAGCACAGCGGUGGCAAAUGGGUAGAUGCAUAUGAUUUGGAGUACAUAGAAGGGAAUAGAGCUAUUGUCUACUCAUCGAAAAGUGGACAUGCGAGCUACCCUCAUCCCGGGACUUACCUUCAGGGGUCGGACAAGCUUGGAGUUGGAAUAAGGAACGAUGCUGCUUGUAGUAAUCUAUCUGUGGAUUCGAGUGUCCAUUACGAACUUGUUUCAGCUGAGUAUCUUGGAGACGGGGUAGUUACUGAGCCAUGUUGGCUGAAUUUUAUGAGAGAAUGGGGUCCAACAAUUGUGUACAAUUCAAGAACUGAGCUUGAUAAAGUUAUCAGUCUUUUGCCUGUGAUGUUUAAAUAUUCAGUGGAGAACAUUUUCAGUAAGUUUCCAGUUGAGCUUUAUGGGGAGGAAGGUCCCACUGGACCAAAGGAGAAGAACAAUUGGGUGGGAGAUGAAAGAAGUUGAGUUUGCUUGGUUAGUGCAGAAACCCACUUGAAGAAUCACUGUUUCUUUCACCCUGCACGUGUUAUAUUGAUAUAUAGAUUAGUGAGCCAUUAGAUUUGAAGGCCAGCCUUGUUGUAAGCUGUAACUCUAUGUAUACUUGACAUUCUUGUGUAUAUAUAUAUAUAUAUAAUUUAAAAGAUAAGGCAUCUAACGGUGCUAUUGCUUUUGGUCCCAAA